AUGUCCUAUCUUGUCGAUGGCGGCACGAAAAACUUUACCAUAUUUCCAAAUCUACCUCUCGAACUCCAACGUAAGAUUUGGAAAUCUGCUUCUUUCCACCGUCGCGAUGUACUCGUCGGUAUCAAAUAUUCAUAUCAAAUGUCAGACUGGGUUACCGGAAAAUGGAGAUUUGAUCGUAAAUAUUUAUUCAGGUUUCGAUCCGACAAUCCCGUCCCUAUUCUUUUUAUGGUCUGUAGAGAGGCUAGAAUGGAGGCAAAGAAACAUUACAAAAAGGUGUUAGUAGCCAAACACACCUUCAAGUUCUUCUCUAUCACUCAGGUUCCUCGAUUCUACAUCAACCCUACAAGCGAUAUAAUCUCUCCAGUCGGAAUGGAUUUUCUUACCAGGCCUCAACAGUGGGGUUAUGAUUGUUACAACAUGGAUCUUUGGAUUGAAAGGGUCACGGAACCUUCUAACCGCGUUCGAUCCUUGGUGUUACACGCGGAACCAAACGUUGUCGUUAAAUAUGGUAGAUUACAAGGCUCUCGAAAUCUGCGAAAUUUGUCUUGCCACUGGGAUUCACUCACUCCUCUCCAACAAUGCUUGCUCUGUUCCGCAAUCUCAAAAUUCGGCAUAGCCAUCGAGACCAUGCGCAGAAAUAUCAGGAGGCAGAUCUUGCAGGAUCAACUUACUGAAGCAAGCGGCGCUCCUAGACAAUUAUUGCCAUGGUCGGGAAUGACAUAUUUCAGAAAAGAGUCAGUAGCACGUGGCCCUCUGGAGGAUUCGAGAAAUUGGGUGGAUCCAAGUAUUCAACUAAUGGUGGAUCAUAUACCAUAUUUCGUCAGGAAGUUGUUGAACUUCAACGAGGUCCUACCGCUGUACCAGUGUGAUGAUACUGCAUACACUGUAUGUUACGCACCGUGGGCGAUCAUGAUGCGAGAAGGACAUUCGCCUGUAUAG